AUGUCGGCUCUGGCUAUUCUUACGGCAACACCACCGGAACCACCUCUCCCUUCCUCUCCUCACUCCCAUUCUCCUCCACACCCUUUCCCACCCUUUCCCACCUUUCUCCACCUUUCUCCGCCCCUUUCAGAGCAGCAGCAGGCAACGGGCACGUGCAGUAUGCAGCAGGCACGGGCUAUUCAUAUGGCGACACCAGCGGCAUGGCUCCCUGCACUCGUCUCGCCAUCUGCAAAGUUUUUUGGAAGCAGAGAGGGCAGAGGACUCAACCCCUCUCAAAUCCCCCCUGCUCUCCCCUUGGCCCCACCCCUCCCCUUGUACCCUACCCCUCCCUCUGUCCCUGUAUUCAUCCCCCAUCCUUUCCCACAGUCUCUCCUUCCCCCACUUUCAGAGCAGCAGCAGGCAAGGGGCACGUGCAGUAUGCAGCAGGCACGGGCUAUUCAAAUGGCAACAUCAGCGGCACCACCUCUCCUUUCCUCUCCUCACCCCCCAUCUCCUACACACACUUCCCCACCAUUCCCCACCACUUUCAGAGCAGCAGCAGGCAACGGGCAUGUGCAGUAUGCAGCAGGCACGGGUUAUUCAUACGGCAACACCAGCGGCAUGGCUCCCCGUGCUCGACUCGCCAUCUACAAAGUUCUCUGGAAGCAGAGAGACGGACAGACGCUUGCAACGUACUCGGACAUCCGCGCAGCCGUUGAUGCGGCUGUAUCCGACGGUGUGGAUGUGCUCUCCAUCUCCCUGGGAGGGAACGUUCCGAGUUACUUCUCAGACAUCGCGUAUCUCAAUGCUGCAAAGGCUGGCGUGUUCAUUGCAAUGGCUGCGGGGAAUUCCGGUCGCCCGAGCCCCAAAAAGCUGGUGGGCACCAUCGGGAAUGCCUCGCCCUUCUACCUCACUGUCGGCGCCAGCUCCAUAAGCCGCACCGUCAGCGGGAGCGGUGCUGGUGGUGGGAAGCAGUGCCUCUCCCUCAGGAACUGUCAGCACACUGAAGCUUAA